GUUCAAUUAGUCACAUGAGGUAAACAUGGCGGUGUGGACUUAAAAUAUUUAACUUGGGUUGCUUCAUUUACAACCUUUAGUAGCACUGUCUUUCACACCCUACUAUUUACUUAUUCCCUAAAAUCAUUUGGAUAAGGCAAAAGAUUUAGUAGACAUUCUAUUCUACAACAAAAAUGGUCGCAUAUGGAUGUAUAUUGUAGUUUAGUUUCUAAAUAUACUAAAAUAACUUGAUGCCGAUAAAUUUCAACUAUCUUGUUUAUUCUCUGUUGUUACAUUAAUAUUUUUAUUAUUUACUUACUUUCUAAAUUUUUAAUUUAGUAUCUUCAAUUAUUCAUAUGCAACUAUCCAUUCAUGACUUCGUUUUUUAUUGUUUAAAUUAGAAGUGGUUCAAGUUUCAUACAUUGACGGCAUCGAAAGUUACCCAUUUUUUAAAAAGAAAAAACAAAAACAAAGGAAAAAAAAACUGUCAAAAGGAAAACUUGUUCAAAUUAGUUUUGUCAAUUAUGGAACCCCUUGGACAGAAAAAGGAUGUUGUUGACAUUGCAGACUUAACCAGGUGGAAUUUCACCCAGCUCCUGACUGACGAUGAAGAAAAACCAGAAGAUGUAAAAAAAUCCCAUUUUCCCUGUCGGAAUGACUUAAACGCAAAACUUAUCCUCUGGAAAGGAGACAUGCUUCAGUUGAAUGUUCAUGCUGUAGUACAUCCUACCAAUGAGAACUUUAGUGAAAAGUAUGCACUGACAGCACACCUCCUCAAAGAAGCUGGUCCAGAUAUGCUCACUGAUAUCAAUACCAAUAUACGAGGUUUCAAAACUGGUGAGGCACGUCUGUCAAAAGGACAUAAGUUGUUGUCACGGUAUGUCAUACAUACUGUUGGCCCCCGCUAUAAUGUCAAAUAUACCACUGCCGCUGAAAGCGCUCUGUAUAACUCUUACCGGAAUGUACUUCAAGUUGCUUUGGAACACAAUAUCCAGUCUGUGGGUAUUUGUCCAAUCCACUCAUCACAGCGAGGAUAUCCCCUUAUAGAUGGUGCACAUUUAGCCAUCAGAACAGUACGUAGAUUCUUAGAGAAAUUUGGCAGUAACUUUGAAACAAUUAUAUUUGUUACAGCAGAUGAAGAAGUGAUGGAAGUUUACCAGCAACUCAUGCCAUUGUAUUUCCCACGAAACUGGAAAGAAGAAAUGGAAGCCAGGAAUUAUUUACCUGAAAAUAUUGGAAAUGAGGAGGGAGAACCUGUAAUACCUGAGCGGAAAAUUCGAAUUAUAGACAAGCCAGCAUUUGCUGCUUUAAAAACACAAGGUAAAGAGUUUGAUGAAACUAUAGAUCUUAAUCAAGAAUUUCGAUCACCUGAUGGCCCUGAAGUUGGACGACAUCCUUUUGCACAAAUGAAGGAGGAUAAAGAUAAAGAACGACUGACCUCACUGCAGUGCAAACCUUCUGUAGAACAAAGAGAAAAGGAGAAAGUAAAACAGUAUGAAAAAUUUUUACAAAAAGCUAAAGAUGAAAAUACUAGCAAUAUUGCGCACCUGAGGUGUUUUUAUCAAACAGGUGUUGAUCGGCUUGGAAGACCUGUACUAGUCUUCAUUGGCAAGAAUCUUCCUGUAAAUCAUAUUGAUUUAGAAAAAGUUUUACAAUAUAUUGUUCAAGUCAUGGAUUCCAUUGCUGAUACCAAAUAUUCUGUGAUCUACCUGCAUACUCUCACAACAGUUGACAAUUUAGCUCCCACUUCCUUCCUGAAAUAUGCCUACAAUGUUCUACAUGAUAAAUAUAAGAAAAACUUGGUCACCUUUUAUAUAAUCCACUCCAACUUAUGGUUUAAGAUUUCAACAUGGUUCUUCACAACAUUUACAGCACCAGAAAUAAAAACUAAAAUCUGUCAUCUGCAAGGUACAGAUUAUUUGUAUGCAAAAAUGAAUACAGAUCAGCUAGACUUACCUCAGUGGAUAUUUGAAUAUGAUGUAAAGGUAAAUGGCCCACGGUAUUAUGUGCCUGCUGAAGACCCAACAGAAGAUCUUUAAAACAGUGUAUUCUGUAAGAACAGAAGCAGACUUAAUUGCUGAAGUACUGGAAGUAUUAGGAAAAAUAUUGAAGUUUUGUUAUGCUAUACUGUUAUACUCUUCAAAUAGCCAAAUAUUGAACAAACAAAUGAUAAUGCUGCUACCAACAAUGAGAAGUGAUGGCCCCUAUCACAGGAUGUGCUUUUGUUGUUGAUUUUUAACAACUAUGUCCUUGUAUUUUAGUUUUCAAUUAUGUAAUAUUGAUUUGAGAGCUUAAAUCCUGAUUGUGAGAUGUUAUUGCAUAUCUUCAAGUUUAUAAGUAUUGUGAUAAAUCAAAUUCUAUAUAACAACAACAGCUAGCAAUAAUAAUAGUAAUUUAGUUAAAAUAAUCUAUAUUUACUAAGCUAUAUAUGGGAUUCAAAGUACAUUAAGGUUUAGUGUAAAAAGGAAGGCUGGUUCCAGGUUGAAUUUUGUUAAGGUUUCAGAAGGGGCUUAUAAAAUGAAUAUAAUCAAAAAAAUUUAUUGUUGAUGUUGGUUUUAGGAAAAAUAAUUUUCCAAAUACACCUGAGAAACAUUUUAACCAGUUGUAAAAUCUCUUUAUGUAAAAGAACUAUCAGGGAUUUCAGUAAGUCUUUUCCUUGAAAGCUACAAAACAAACAAAAAGAAAGGAAAUAUUUAUUAACUGGAGUAUUUCUUUACUAAAUAGUUAAUAUAUUGAUUUUCCCAAUCCAUUGAUUAUAAGUUGCUCUAGUCACUGGUGCUUCUCUUUCUUUUUCUACAGAUUAUCAGUAUUAAAACUUCACGAUGGCUUUAUCGUGAUUUGAAGUUUUGUGAUUUAAUAUAUUUCUCUCAAGCAAGAGAAGGAGGAAGGUCUAUAAGUAGUAUCUAUGGUUUGCUUUCUAAGCCAUCAGAUAUUUGCUAACUUGUAUUUUGUGAAAACAGUCAUGAUUAUAUAAUCAAUACUACCAGCUCAAGCUUUAUUUUUCUACAUUUUAUAUCAAUUACAUUCUUGAUAUUUAAAUCUUAAAAAGUAGGAAGUCUUAUAGUUCAUAUCUCAGUGAUAACUUUUCAGCAUUUUAAAUGACUUAAGAAGUUUAUACCACUUGUCUAUGGACCUUGUUAUUUGACAAAAAGAAAUUAUACUGAGGUGGUGGGAUUGAACUAGUUAACAGUUUCGUGUUAUUCUCACAGGAAACAUAGUUCAUAUGUGUGUAUGUAAACUCUGGAGUAUUCAAAAAAUACAUUUGUAUGUAAUUGGAGAACACAAGCAUAGAGACAAAAACAAAACAAAAAUUUAGCUGUCAAAAAAUAGUUUAAUAAAGUGUGUGUGUACGUAUGUAUAUAUAUAUUGGUGAAUGACCCAUGGCAGGGAUAAUUUCUUAGAGCCCAUCCCUCUGUCUGGUUUUAAUUCUUGAUUGUAUUUACUUCAGUAAUUGCUUCCCUGAUACUUUUAGAAAAAGUAUGACUUUAUUCCUCAACAUCCAUAAAUCUUUUGUGGACACUAUUAUGAACAAAUCUGCUCCAGUGCACCAACCAGUCCUGACAACAUCCCUUCUAUCAGCCUCAAAUUGUAUAUUCCAAUUGUACUUCACAUUCUCUCUCAACAUGUUUCAUCUUCUUAAAGGGGUCCUUCUCACACUUUGUACAGUUAUCGACCUGCUACUCUUGCUUCAAAGGUAAUUGGAACAGCUGCAAACAAUCAUCUCCUUCAUCACCUUAAAGUUAUCUCUCUUCUCAAGGACAAUUGGUAUAGUUUCCUAAGAGCCAAAUCUACUGGUAACUUAUUGUCAUAUAUCAAUCACCAUUACUGUCUCACCCUAGAGAAUUUCAAUAAAGCAAUGCUGUUUCAUUUGACAUUACUAAAGCCUUUAACUAUGACAGGUAUGAGUAUAUUUUUGCUAAGUUGCCCACUUAUAUUUCUUAGUUUUCUAUAUUGCAAGUUCUCUGCCAGACCAUUCUAUACCCUGUGCUAUUGCAACUCUCUCUCUCUCUAGCUUACUCUGUAUCAUCCCUGGUGUAUCCUGUGGUUUAGUAAUGUCUCUCUCAAACUCUUCCUUCUGUACAUAGCAGCCUGCACCUGGAUGUUUCUUGCAAAAACACACACACUCAUAGAUGUCACCUUUCACUCCUCCUUAGCUCUCUGCACACAAAUGUCAUAAAAGCCCUUUUAUAUUAUAUAUCAGUAAUAUCUUUUAGUGCUGUUAUUGAUGUUUAUUUUGUGUCCAACUCUGAUAAAUGAGAUGAUUCAACUAGUGUCAAGUCUGAAUCCUUUUGCAAUAGGAAGAAAUAUAUCUAGCUGUAGAAUGUUUUGGACUACAUAGUUUUACAGCCAAAAAGCAUUUUGUAAUGGUGAUCAUUUCUAAUAUGAACUGAGAGGAAUGGUGCCUAAUUUUCAAAAAAUCUGGAGUCUAUACUAUGACUUUUCUUAACAGCUCAUCAGAAUAACAUGGGUGAAAUUUUAACUUUUUUUUUAAUUCUGUGAAGAAGCUUAAUAUCUUAACCACUUACCUAUAGCUAACAGGUUAGAUUAAACAACUAUUGGUAGAAGUUCACAAUACAAAUGCUUAAUUAUUUGCUUGUUGCACUACUAAUUCUAAACAAUUAUGUUGUUUAGCUCCAAAUCAACCCUGAUGAAGUAGAUCUACGAUCAAAUGAGUUCCAGCUGUGUCUACUCACUGUUAUCCAGUGUUUCUAGCUCUGCAUUAUUCAAUGUGUUCUUCCAGUUUUAAAAUAGUAGGGUGUAAUAUAAGAGAGAUUUAGCUGUAGAAGUUAACUCAUAAACUAUUCAUUUGAUAAUAAGGGACCCGAAAACAAGUGGCUAACUUUCAUAUUAAACAAGUAAAAUAAGCAGUCCUUCUAUAAAGGAGUCUUGAGCUAGAAAAUAUGCUAACCCUCUUCUCUAUAAUGUUGGACGUCUAUUUGUAAUACAUACUUUUUUUAAAAAUUUAUAUGUUUUUCAUAACUCCUCUUUUGGAAUUCCACUGUUGACAAGUUAUUUGUUUUCCAAAAGCUGGAUUUCAUCUAAUGUUAUCACUAUCAGCUCCCUACUGUUUUAUACAUUUGAAGGAAAUCAAUGCAAAUAUUUCUCAUAUCAUUUGCUUUUGUCUCACCAAGCUCAUAGUUGAUAACAAGAUAGUGAUGAAUCUAAACUUCUCAGUAAACAUUGGGGUUUCUGUAAAAAAAAAAAAUCUUAUAUCACUUUCCACAUGUAGUGAUGCAGUAUUAUUAGCAGUGAAAUGCCUUUAUUUACAUUUAUUUUUACUUGAAAUGUUCAACUCACUUAAGGAAUUUGACAAUUUUACCAAGGGUUGUGUAUGGAUAUGUAUGCAUGUGGUAUGUGUGUGUGUAAUACUGUUACUGCUAUUGAUUAUGUAGCAUUAACAAAAAGGUAUGAAAAGAUAUCUAACACAUCCUAUAUGGCAGUGUUAUUCUUUAACAAAAAAUGUUAUGGAAAUUAUACAAUUCCAAAUGUAAAUAAAAUAUUUUUGAAAUGGG